AUGACAGCGACCUCGACGCCCAAGCGGCGGACCAGACGACCCCCGCCAGCGCCAACAAACGUCCUCGUCCUGGUCCUCCCGUCGCUGCUCUUCUCCUCCGACCUCCUCCCGCUCUUCCGCGCACACUUUGCGUCGUACGGGACACUGCACGCAUGGACGCCGCUCGAGAAGUUCGGCAGGGUCAUCUGCGUGUAUGACGACGAGGAUGAGGCGCGCAAAGCACGAGACGAGAUGGAUGGGUUCGUGUGGGAGGAAGACGGCGACGAGGGCUUGCCAAACGGCUACGAACCGACCCCGAUACGCGCCUACUAUGGCCCGACUUUCCCAACAGAACGACUAGCCUACCUUCAAAAGUCGCAAACCACUGCAGCGACGCACCUCGAAGUCCCCUCGUCCGGCAAAAAUUUCCUCAUCUCGCCGCCUGGGUCGCCGCCUGUCGGGUGGGAACAAAUCGAGGAGGACGAGCCGAACCGGAGGGUUUGGCAUGAGGGCGAGGAGCCUCGCUCGAGAGGGGGCGAGGUCGACUUUGAGGAGCUGAAAAAGGCGGGAGGGGGAAAGGAUGACAAGUGGGCGGAUGAGCUGGCAAGGGCGUUGAGGUUCCUCAGUGUUGACAGCGGAGGCGGCGAGGACGAGGCGGACGAGGACGAGGUGUUGGGCGACGCGUCUCCACCGUUCAACGCCGACGAGGACGGUACUCCCUCUACCAAACUCGUUCUCCACCCUGCGCCUAUACCGUCCUUCGCCGUCUCUUCCUCAUCAUCAUCACCUGCCGUACGACCAGCCGUUACCAUCUCCUCCCCACACGCCAGUUCCUUCCCCUCCUCUUCACCUCACGAAUCUCCGGCUUCUCCUACCGGCACUCCUCCGCCGGGCGCAGCCAAGAUCUCUUCCGUCAAGGCGACGAUCGAGUCGAUGCUCGGUCGCAAACGGAGCUUUGGUGACCUGCGCGGCUACGAGGCCGGCUCGAACGGCUUUGGCGCGGCUGUCGAAGGAGGAGGAGCGAGGAUCACGCCAACCGCUCGACCGCCUCUCGCUUGA